ACUCCCAGCGUCGCAGGAGAGUUCUGCCUCGCUGCUAAAACUAUGUUUACGAAGACAAAAUGGAUAAAUAUCGCAGUUUUUCGAUAUAGUUUGUGCUCUUAGCUCUUAUUAUUUUUUUUCAAUGGAGUAUGGCUUCGUCGACUGUCACUGUCAUAUAUCAGCCAGUGAGUUUGAAGAGGAUCUGGAGGAUGUGAUCCAGAGGACCAGUCAGGCCGGGGUAAGGACUCUGGUUGCAGUUACAGAAGAAGUCAGGGAGUUUGAUAGAGUUCUCCAGCUGCAGGAAUGUUAUCCAGAUCUGGUGGCUCCAUGUUUCGGCCUUCAUCCACUGCAGGGUGGCGGGGGCCCCGAGCAGCGCAGUGUGAGGCCUCAGGACCUGGAUGCUGCCCUGCUGCAGUUCUACAAACACAAAGAACGCAUCGUCGCUAUCGGAGAGAUUGGUUUAGACUUCACGCCAUGGUGUGCUCCCACUCAGGAAGACAGAGACGACCAGAUGAAGGUCUUCGUUAAACAGCUCAACAUUGCCAAGGAGCUGGACCUACCUGUAAACGUCCACUCACGAUCAGCUGCUAAGGUCACCAUAGCAACCAUGAGAGAGCAAGGUGUCAGUCGAGCUCUGCUUCAUAACUUUGCGGGGAAGCCGUCGGUAGCUCUGGAAGGUGUGAAGGCCGGUUUCCUCUUCUCCUUCCCACCUGCUGUCUGCAGGAACCAACAGAGAGACAAACUGAUCAAGCAGAUCCCACUGGAACACAUCUGUCUCGAAACUGACUCUCCUGCGCUGGGGCUCGACAAGCAUGUGAGAAACGAGCCCUGCAACAUCACUCUGUCCUGCCAGUACAUCGCUGAUAUCAAAGGUCUGUCACCAGAAACUGUUCAGCUCGUCACUGCGCAAAAUGCACACAGACUUUUCCCCAAGGCGCUAAUGCAUGGACAGGUUUCUGAAAAGCAAAGUUUGAGCUGAAGGUGGCGCCAGAGGCAACUUUAAUUAGAAAAGAUUCAUGCUCUGUUUGGAAGAGUUAGCAUUGUAUCACUAUAGGCUGUUGGACUCAGCGGCGUCCUGAGCUUAAUGCUAACUUUAGCAUGCU